UCGAUUAUUCUACCUCUCAGCCGCCGGUGACCCUCGGUACCAUGCCAGAAAUGUUCUCCUCUCUCAUCUUCCUCAUCAGCCUUGCGCUCGAAACCCACGCCCAGACCUCGGUGCCUGACCAAGCACUUGUGAUCGAUCAGAAGAGCUUCAAUGCAUUGCCUACAGUUCCACCGCCGUCACAAGCUAACGUCACUACAAUCUUCGUACCUCCAGGCAUCACUCUGGAUGAGGCUCUAGCCAAACCAUUCCACAUCUACGACGAUGCGUUCUAUGACAUUAUAGGUUCAAAUCCUACCUUGACUGUGAUCGCCAGUCAAGGAAUCGAUCCGCUUUACCAUGAGGCUGUCACCUGGUAUCCUCCGACCGACGAAGUAUUUUUCGUGCAGAAUGCCGGUGCUAUGGCGGCAGGAACUGGACUGAACAAGUCCAGUGUGAUCCUGAAGAUCGCUCUGUCUCAAGCAGCUGCUGUCUCGACACAACGGAAUGCAAGUGGUCAAGUGAACGUGACCGUGGUCAACGCUAAUCCUCCCGUCAUCAACCCCAAUGGUAUGACCAACUAUCGGGGUCAGUUGGCCGUCCCCGGUGAGGGUCAGGGCAAUGGUACAGGGCCGGCACUCUAUGCGGUCAACCCCGUAGAGCCAUAUAACACCACUAUUCUUGUCAACAAUUACUUCGGUCGCCAGUUCAACUCUCUCAAUGAUGUCUCAGUCAACCCUCGCAACGGCGACGUCUAUUUCACCGACACACUGUACGGCUAUCUGCAAGAUUUCCGACCCUCGCCCGAGCUGCCCAACCAAGUCUACCGUUACAAUCCCUCUACUGGUGCUGUGACAGUUGUAGCCGAUGGGUUUGAUCUACCUAAUGGCAUCACAUUCUCACCUAAUGGCUCAUACGCCUAUGUGACUGACACAGGUGCCAACAUUGGCUUCUUCGGUUACAAUAUGACAGCGCCGGCAUCGAUCUAUCGCUUCACAGUCGAACCAGAUGGCACAUUCAGUAACCGCAAGCUCUUCACGUACGCAUCGCCGGGAAUUCCAGAUGGCAUUCACUGCGAUACCAAUGGGAACGUGUACUCUGGCGUUGGCGACGGCGUUCACGUUUGGAAUCCAUCCGGCACUCUUCUCGGCAAGAUAUUCUUGGGUACAACAUCGGCCAACUUCAACUUUGCAGGCAAAGGUCGAAUGGUCAUCUGUGCGGAGACACAACUCUAUUAUGCGACUUUGGCUGCAGAGGGAUACGUCGCUCCGGGCCAGUUACCACCGUCGUGAGGCACCCUCACGCUUUCAGUCGCCUGGGACAAAAGUCCGCGAGGAUGAAUCAUGCGAGCGCCUGGAAAGGCUUCUGUUCGUAGGCGUUUAUGAAGUAGCGUUCGGCGGAGACUUUGGCGGCCUGCACGUUGCUGGAAGCGGCAGAUAGUGUGAAAGUAUGGAGGCAUACUGCAACAAAAGCGAGUUUUCCUGACGUCCCUUUCGCAAAGCCUCAACGUCAACUUUCGUGUCAUUGUCCACAGUCACUCAACUUCGCCUCCUGGCAGAGUCUCCUAUCGACAAGCUUAAAGUGUUCGUAGUGCUAC